UCGAAGAGUGUGAUGCCAGGGGAUCACUGCGCUGUGUCAAACAGAUCUUCGUCACCCAACACAUUGGAACGCCCUGCCAAAUCAGGCUGGCUGAAGAAGAGGAGGUCACUGGUGAAGCAAUGGCACAAUCGCUGGUUUGUCCUUCGGGGUGUCUACCUGUGUUACCACAAAGAGGAGGAAGAUGGAAAGCCGCAGGGUCACAUUGUCCUCCAGGACUGCAAGGUCAAUGAACUACCACCCAACCCUGAUGAACCAGGAAAAUUCCUCUUUGAAAUCGUUCCAGUGGGCUAUGGUGACCGGGAGAGGACAGGAAGUGCUCAGGAGUCCCACAUGCUGAUGGCCAAUUCACAGAGCGAAAUGGAAGAUUGGGUGAAGGUGAUUCGCCGGGCAAUGGGAACGCUGUCCAGUGGAGCUGUCUUCGGUCAACGCCUGGCAGACACGGUGGCAUAUGAGCAGAAGUUUGGCCAGCACCUGGUGCCCAUGGUGGUGGAGCAGUGUGCUGACUUCAUUCGGAACUACGGGCUGAAUGAAGAAGGUAUCUUCCGUCUUCCAGGACAAGACAACCAAGUCAAAGAACUGAGAGAUGCUUUCGACUGUGGGGAGAGGCCGUCUUUUGACAGGAACACUGAUGUGCACACCGUAGCCUCACUCUUUAAGCUGUACCUGAGAGAGCUCCCAGAACCAGUUGUCCCCUGGUCUCAGUACGAAGACUUCCUGGCCUGUAGCCAGCUCAUGAACAGCGAUGAGGAGCAGGGGCAACAGGAAGUGAUGAAACAGGUUUCGUUACUGCCUCAGGCGAACUAUAACCUGCUCAGCUACAUCUGCAGGUUUCUAUACGAGGUCCAGCUCAGCUCCAAGAUCAAUAAAAUGAGCGUGGACAAUCUGGCAACUGUCAUCGGGGUGAAUCUCCUCAGACCCAAACUCGAAGAUCCCGUGGCCAUCAUGAGAGGGACUCCACAGAUUCAGAAGCUGAUGACUGUUCUGAUCAGCAAACAUGAUGAACUGUUCCCAAAAUACAAGGACAAGCCUCCUUCCCCCUCCUUGAGAACGAGUGCCCAGCGAAGCAUGGUGGGUUGGGGUGCUGCGGACCCGCUAACUGGAACAACAACGAGAACACACAAGGUGAGGGUCAGCGGCCGAACUGAGUGUCUGACUCCAGGCUCUCUGAAUCACCACCUCGAGAAGGAGAAUUAUGAAGUCUGGGCUAAGGUGGUACGAUUGAAUGAACAGUUGGAGAUUGGGAAGAAGCAGUGUGAAGCCUUGGAGAUCCGACUGCAGAAUGCGAACAGGGCACGCGAGGAGGCAGAGAAACGCAACCAGCUCCUUGAGCAGGAGCUCACCAACUUCUUUGAGAAAAACAAGGGAGAGUAAAGUUCAUUCCCGACACCUUCAUGGAGCCCCCUUACUCGGACUGGAAUGACUGAUACACACAAAUAGGCACAGACACACACAUCCGCACACAGACAUACACACACACACACACACAUGCACGCACGCACACACACACACAUACACACACACAUACACACACACACACACACACACACACACACACAUGCACACACAUGCAUUCCCGUGGCAGAGUUUUUGAUACAGUCCACCUGACUGGGGAACUGAAGGACAAGGGAAAUUCUGCAAGACUCUGUCGACCCUGAGUGAGUGGGGAAAGGCUAACAAUCCCCCCUGACAAUGUGAUUGGCUGGUAUCCAGCAGUAGACAGUCAUUGACAUGCUGUGUGUGGAGGGCUAUGUCCAACAGGCUAUCUGAAUGAAAGUAACGUUCCUCACCAGAUUGGAGAAGGUGCUGUCUUUCUCGAAUUCUUUGUGAGCCCUCUCAUGAUGAACAAGUAGUCAAGAACCUCAUGGUACCUGGAAUUGAUGUCCCGUGUGAAGACCUGGCCAGGUUUAUCAGGGUGGGAAAUCCUCUCUCUGUUUUGUUGUACCUCACCCCCACCCCCAUAGCCAGUGCUGAGUGCGUCUGAUCAUUAAUAUUCCUUUGGGACAUGUUCCUGAUGCCUAUGCUUGGGAGGGUGAAGCCCUGAGCUUCAGUGGGGCAGGGAGCUCUGGAAGUUCUCCAUCCCUUGUUGUUUCUGGGUCUGUUGACUCACUGAUGGAGAUCAUUUGCUCUCCGGUUGUAUGGUCACCAAAUCCAUCUGUCACUGAGUCUCACAAAUGGCCAGGAUUGCAAAGUGCCUGUGAGACGGAGAAUGGUCUAUCUGGAUUCCCACAUUCCCACAUUGGCCAUGACUUGUGUCUGUAACAUUGGCACUCCUUAGACGCUGCCACCUUGUGUACCCCGCAGGCUAUGAGCUGCAGAUGCUGAGGCGGGUUCUGACAAUGCCCUUAGCGUGGACAUUUGCUGAAGCAUGAUUGUCUUGCCCCAGCCUGUGCUUGGACUGCUUCGUUUGCUUUCAGUUAGUUUUAUCGGCACAUUGCCCUGAUGCUGCGCUUCGCUAUCUCCUGAUGACUCUGCUCUGUUUAAUCCUGGAUUGAGCUGUCAGCUAAUUGCAGCUCAGUCUCUGUGAAUGUAUAAACACACAGACAACAGCAUGACAAGGUGACAGAAACUGUCCAGUUCAAAACCAGCAAAUUCUUCAAGGUGCAGUCACAGCCUUUGUGUCCCACAUACAUUUCACAGGAACUCUGAUUUUUUUUUCCUUCUCCUUUCUCCUACCAGCAUUGUGCAUCUGUGACAUGAAAGCUGGUGUCUCAUAAAGACGACUUAUGAAGUCUCACAGUUUGUUGCAGACGGUUGUGGCUGAGUCGUAGUAAUGUAAAUAUUGACUUUCAUUGCUUUAAGAGAAAAAACAGGGAGCGGAGAAGCAUUGUGAAAAUAAAG